GCUUUGCUUUUGCGCGGGGAAUUGGCUCGCGUCGCUCAUUUCAUAGCCCGAAACAGCAGAUUGCAUACACAACCAUGCCGUCGCCAUUCCUUACCCCCGGCUCCCAUUCGCGCCUUGAUCAGCUCGCCCUCCUUCACCUCCGUCGCGACCAGGCCAUUCCGACUGUCCUCCGCCUUCAAGAUGACCAAGACGCUGGCUACAAAGAGGGCAAGGUCGAGACCACGCGAUUCGGCUCCUUCCCCCACACCACUCUCGUUGACCAACCAUGGGGAGCGCAAAUCGGCGCCUCCAAAGUCGACACGGGAUCGCGACGAGGCCGCGGACCCCAGAAGAAGAACCAAAAGCUCAAGCGGAAAGUAGACGAGAUCGACUCGGCCACUCCUGUCGAGGGCGAUAACACAUCGUCUCCCAAGGCUGCUGUCGCUGCGUCCAGUGGUUUCCUCCACCUGGUUUACCCCACUCCCGAACUAUGGACGACAUCUCUUCCCCAUCGCACUCAGGUCGUCUACACCCCGGACUACAGCUACAUCCUCCACCGUCUGCGCGCUCGCCCCGGAAGCACCGUCAUCGAAGCAGGAGCAGGCAGUGGAUCUUUCACGCACGCGGCUGUUCGAGCGGCCUUCAACGGAUACCCCACCGAUGACUCGCCCGCGACGAAGAAGAGAAGACUCGGCAAGGUCUGCAGUUUCGAGUACCAUGAGCAGCGCGCAGAGAAAGUGCGCCAGGAGCUACACGAACACGGUUUGGAUGGACUAGUCGAAGUGACGCAUCGCGAUGUCUACAAGGACGGUUUCCUGCUCGGCGAUCCCAAGACCGGCAAGUCUCCCAAGGCCAAUGCAAUCUUCCUGGACCUGCCUGCUCCCUGGCUUGCUCUGAAGCAUCUGGUCCGCCACCCUGCCGACGGCGGAGAAUCGCCGCUCGACCCCGACUCCCCGGUGUACCUCUGCACAUUCUCGCCCUGCCUAGAGCAAGUCCAACGAACCAUCAGCACCCUCCGUCAGCUCUCCUGGCUCUCCAUAUCCAUGGUGGAGGUAAACCACCACCGCAUCGAAGUGAAGCGGGAAAAGACUGGUCUGGAGUACGAGCGCGUCCGCGGCGCAGUAGUCUUCCCGAAGGACGUCGACGAGGCAGUCACCAAGAUGCGCCAAGUCGAAGAACAUUCCCGGAAAUAUCGUGAGAUGAUGCACCAGCUAGACGACGAGGAGAACGGCACGCCUGCGGCCAAGCCCGAGAUCAAGAAAGAGCAAGAAGCUAAGACCGAAGAAGAGGAAACCUCCGCCCAACAACCCACCUCGACUAUUCCACCUUACAAGCAAGGCCGCUUGGUCCACCGCUCCGAGCAGGACCUGAAAACGCACACAUCCUACUUGGUAUUCGCUGUUCUUCCACGUGACUGGACCGAAGAAGACGAGCAGAAAUGUCGCGAGAAAUGGCCUUCGCAUCAAGUCGACUUGACUCAGCCGGAGAAGCCUAAGGGGAGAAAACAGCUCAAGAGGGAGCGGAAGGAGCGGGAAGAGGAGGAGCAGAAGAAGCAACAGCAACAACCACAAGGGGAAUUGACAGCACCCGUAGCACAAGAGCAAUCAGCUGCCCCUGUGCAGGCUGAGUAGAGCUUAUUACGUUAUUUUGUAAUUUGAGUUAGAUUAGAUAAAAGUAUUACUUAGCGUGUUCAGGAUAAAUACUACAUCACUUUGUACUCCA